UCAGGCUUGAUGCAUUUUGCCGUAUAAAACGCACCUAACCGAAAUUUUGGCAUAUUUAUUUUACGAAUAAUGCUUGAAAGCCAAUAAAAUGAGUGGAUCAUGUUUUUUGACCAUUGCAUAUCGAAAUCUCAUCGAAUAGAGCGAUCAUUUACAACAAAUGAAUUUAUGUGAUUGAUUAGGAACUAUUCUGUGAGGAUAUAUGUUGAUUGUAAAGAUGAAUCUGCUAGAUGUUUUUCUUCUGUCGCAUACUAUUUCUUGUUUUUUUUAUUUAGCUGCUAUAAUUGAGCAACAAAUGUCAAUGACCGAUGCUAGUAUGUUUUGGCUUGAUGUUCUCCAUGGUUAUAAGCUUGAUCGAUCUCUACCAUUACCAUUUGAUCGAUAUCGUCUUGUGGAUGAAGAUGGAACUGGUCGUGGAAUAUAUGUUUCCGUCGAUUUCGGUGAAGAUCUCUCACAUCAUUUUCUUCAUUAUGCAUCAUCGAUGAAUAUAAAACUUGAAUAUCUUGUAUUUGCCAUUUAUUAUGCUUUUAUAUUCAAGUUAACAAAUGGAGAGACGGAUUUAUGUGUUGCAGUUAAUACCGAUAGUCAACAUAAAGACGAAUUCAAAACAAUGACUGAUUUGUUCGAAAAUAUCGUUCCAUUACGAUGUCAAUUAGAUCCUCAUUGGUCUUUCCGACGGCUCAUGGAGCAUACUCAUGAGAUAAUAACAAACACUAUGAAGUAUUCUUACUUUCCUCUUAAACGUAUUCUUGCCCAACAUUCCAAUGCUUCAAAGCCUUCAUUUCUCGACAUAUUAUUCGAGUUUCUGUCAAAUGAAAAUGUUGAGAAUAAAGUACUGUUCGAUGAUAGUCGACUUCGUACCAUGUCAAUGACCUCAAUCAGGAGUGAUGACGAGAAAAUCAUGAGCAACUUUGAUUUUUCUCUCAGUAUGCAACAUAAUUCGAAAACUAAUCAACUAUCAUGCACAAUCAAUGGAUCACUUGAUUUGUUUAAUCGAAAUACAAUUGAGAAGAUUGGACAACGAUUUCAUUCUAUCUGCAAACAAUUGUUUACAUCUGCUCAUGAUCAAACAAAUCAAUCCAUCUAUGAACUAUCAUUAGUAAUGCCCGAUGAAAGAUUACUUAUGCAAUCAAUGAAUAAUACACAAAUCUCAUUUCCUUCGAUCACUUGUAUUUAUCAUGAGUUUGUAUAUCAAGUCAUGCAACACCCACAGAAACUAGCAGUGGAACUAGAUGAACAAUCAUUAACAUAUUGUGAACUUUUAUAUUAUGUUCAAGUGUUAUCUUUAACUCUUCUUAAUGAAUAUCAUGUCAUUCCAGGUAUGAUCGUGUGUCAGUGUGUUGAGCGAAGUUUGUCAAUGGUGAUUGGUAUUAUGGGAAUUGAGAUGGCUGGUGGUGUUUAUUGUCCAUUAUCACCUCGAGAUCCACAACAUCGUUUAUAUGCACUCACACAACAAACCCAAAGUCGUCUUGUUCUUGUUCAUCAUUUAACUAAGAUCAAGUUUUCUCAUGAUGUUGUGGUACUUG